AGUACCCAACGAUAUUUUUUGGAGACUCUUCUCCAAUCCCCCCAUGGCCUCAAUCCAACACUCUCUUCUCACCCCUUCUCCGCUCUGCUGCUGUUCCUACGCUCUCCUUCACCCGAGGACCAGGAAACCAUCUCCAGCUCCAAGGUUUCCAAAUGGCACCUUCUCCACGGAAAAGCCGUUCUUGCGGCGCGAUUUCUCGGAGAGAGGCGGGACCUUGGCCUGGAAAAUGGCGGGAAGGCGGCGCCUCGCCGUGGCCGGAGCCGGGAAGGGCCCCUUCUUUGGCGGCGGCCGGCGGCGGCAGGGGUCAACCGCCCGGACCGUGGGGAACCUCGCCUUCGUCGCGCUGGUGGCGUACCUCGCGGUGAGCGGCCAGUUCCGGUGGCUGCUCGACGCCAUCGUCUCUCUCUGGCUUAUCGCUUUUUUUCUGCCUAUUGUGGGUCUCAGCGCACUUGUAUUCUUGGCACGGCGCAAUAUACUUCAGAGCGAUUGUCCCAACUGUGGAAAAAGCUUCCGGGUACUGAAGACGUCUUUGAAGAAUGGUCCACAAUUCUGUCCUUAUUGCACUCAACCUUUCUCUGUUCAGGAUGAUAAGUUUGUCAGAGAAUCUGCUAGCUUUUCAUCUGGAAGGGCCUCUCCAAGUGCACAAGCCUUCAAUGAGUUAUUCAAUCGUGGAUCAAAAGAAAAGGCGCCUUCUGGUCCUGGAACGAUUGUAGACAUCGAGGCUGAUGUCACGGACAUCGAGUGAUACUCCUUCAGGACAGCACUCAGCCUCAUCCGUAUCAGUUUUGCUACUCUCCACGGCUAGUUUUCCCCAAAGGCGGUAUAAAGCUGUAGCACUCUAGGAAAUAGGAUUGCAGCCUAAUUUCAAGCGAGUUCUGGAGCUUAGGUGUAAGACCCCAACUGUGUCUUGUAGCAGUUUGCUGAUACAGUUCGAUGCCGCAUAUAACACAUUAACAUGAUUGUGAAUAUUUGCAUUGCUUCCUUUGUAUAUCGCCGGUGCUGCAAGCAAAUACACCCAGGGUUGUAUAUGGUGUGUGUAUGUAUAUGUUGCAAACUUGGGUGGCCAUUGACAGCCUCUGAACAUGAUGUACAUGAUCCUCGAUUACUGAACUACAAUUUGUUUAUCCGGACCAUUCA